AUGGAGGAUAAAAGGAUCCAGGACAGUCAAAUCAGCGCAUCUUCCUAUUACCAAGGAUGGCCAGCAGCCAAUGUUAGGCUAAAUUGGCAAGCGGACAAAUGUUGGAUAACUUUUCAUUCAAACUCAUGGUUACAAGUUUCCUUCGGUCGUUUUGCUAAAGUUGUAGAGAUGUUGACACAAGGCCGGUGGGGAUCUCACCACAAUAAUUGGGUGGAGAGUUAUUAUCUUUCCUAUGGCAACGAUGGGGUGAACUUCUAUGAGUAUGCAUAUCGUGGCACCACCAAGGUAAGCCGGGCUUUAGUGAGUCACUCAUUGGUGAGCGGAUUUCCCAACAACCUAAUGCCUAAUUAAUAGGGGAUCCGAGGUAUCUACGAACGUCCUUAUCCGAGAAGAAACUCUAACCAUUCACUGAUGUCAAUGUAGAGGUAGUUCUUUCUCCUCAGUUAUUUUAAGACCUUGAGUAGAGGUCCGAGCAAGGAUUGAACCCAGGUCUCCUAGCUUGGAAGGCAAGCGUGGUCACCACAACACUACGGCUGACUGACCCACUCAGGGUGCGAGAUAAUUCAAGAUUUUUAGUCGUACCUGACUGGUACGCCAAUGGCAAACACAGUACUCAAUGCAUGUGUACUUAGUCAUUAAAAUAACGUUCGUCAAGUACAGGUUUCUGAAAAGUAUGUUCAGACUACGAGGUAGAAAAAGAAGCACAAUUGCAUAUACAAACAAUCGACUCAAACGUUUCUUAGUGCCAUCAGUCCAAUCAUGUUUUCAUGCAAGACAUCUCAGACCCAUGAUAUGCCAAAUAAAUUAUAGCCCACGUUACGGUAUUGAAUACCUUGGACUUGGAAAGGUCAUGAAAAAGUAAAUAUGCAGAUAGCAAGAGUUCUGUGUACCUACGUGGUGCUUGGCUGCAGAAAACAAAGAAGUACCAGACUGUAAUAUUGGCGUACCUCCGGUACAUAAGUACGCGAAUUAUCGCACCCUGUCACGGAGUGACUGGUUGACAAGGCCGGGCCUUUAUGCUCGGUUGCGGGUUGACUGGCUAACUGCAUGUUUGACUGACUAAUCCUCGCUACCUGGCCGACCAAAUUACCAACUGGUUGACUGUCGGACCAACAAGCUGAGCCACAUAUCUACUGAUCGACCUGCUGAAUGAACUUUGCUUUCAUUGAAGAUUCGUUUUAUUCAAUUCUUUAGAUUUUCGUAGGAAAUUCUGAUAAAGUUUCUGUUGUCAGUCGCCAUGUUGACCCCGCCAUUGUGGCCCGUUAUAUCCGAAUUUACCCUGUGACAUGGAAAGGAGUUAUAGCACUUACUGUCGAGUUUGUUGGCUGUUAUUUGGGAUAUGCAGGUAAAUUUUGUAUUCACUAUCCAGUGCUGAAAGCCUCGGACAAACAGGUGUUUGAAAAUACUGAUAUUUCCAUUCACUGUUUGCUAGUUCAUUUACUUGCGUAAAUACAAUAAUUGUAACCGGCUUUGGUGCUGUUCUGUGCUUUGUAAACAACAAACAAGAAUAAAACUAGAACAGUGUAACUACGGAACGAUGUGAAGGCAAGGGGGGCAGAUUUUCGUGAAAGGGCACUUUUGAAUUGAUAUACACUAAGAGAUGUUUGCAAAACAUCGGGAGUUGAACUUCGCCUAAUCAUGUUUUCUAUUUAUUGGAUGAUAGGGGUGUGAGGGUGUUCUCCGCUAGGCGAUUGCGCUAUUCUUGAAGCUCGAUGACUGCAUUUCUUGCGUUUUCUGAAGCAAAUUCGUAAACGAAUUGCACUAACAUUUCUGACAAUAUGACAUUCUGGCUAUUUCGCCAAGGCAAUCCUUUAAAUUGAAAGGGCACCAUUUUCCUCCUUGCCCCUCCUGGUAAAGGGCAACGGGGGCGGCUGCCCCUCCUGCCCCACCAGUUCCGGCGUCCCUGGUAACUACAGGCAUGCAAGUCAUCCAAAUUUGCCAGGUCAGGUGGCUACCAUCUGCUGCGCAAUAGUGCUUAGUGAAAGCUCGAACGGUCAGUGUAAGUAGCGAUGACUACACACGCACAAGUUGUGACAAACCUGCAGCAGAGUCGUGUAGCAAUGCUGUUCCAACAACUUGUCAACAGGACGUGUUCGCACUGCUUGUUCCCAGCUUGUUGACAAGUUGUCAACGGCUUGUUACAAGGUUGUUGAGCUCAACAGACUUGUUACAAGUUGUUCCAACAACUUGUUAUCGUCCUGCAAUUCAACAAUUUGUCAACCCUUGAAGUUGUGAGUGACAAGCUUGUAGCAACUUGAUAAAAUAACAGCAUUGUUACAACUUGUUGAGAAGCUUGCUACAUGACUGUUGCGAACACAUCUUGUCGACAAGUUGUGAGAUUUUUACGUGUGUACAAGCAAUGACUUCCCGAUAAAGGCACUUUGCUGGAAACGCGCUUUUUUUUCGGGUAGUCUCCUAGAAAGAUUGCUGCUUAAUUAGUCGGAAAACUAUCUAAUGUUUUACAUAUUUAGAUUCUUGCGAGAAUAUACCUGGCCGGAACCCACUUGGUAUGGAGAAUUUCCAAAUUACCGAUUCUCAACUCAGUGCUUCUAGUGAGUACAGAAAUGAAUUGGGUACAGGAGCCGGACGAUUGAAUUAUUACACUUCUAAUGAAAAAGGAGGGAGCUGGUGUCCCGCGGACGCAGAUCAAAGCAGAUGGUUCCAGGUCGAUUUCCUUCGUACGGUAAAGGUUACUGGCUUGGCAACGCAAGGAAGGCAUCACUGGCCAGAGUGGGUGACAAAAUAUACUCUCUCGUAUAAACAAGAAAAUGAUGACGACGAUGUUGAAUUUCAGCUUUAUAAGCAGCAAGGAGAAGUAAAAGUAAGUAAAACAGUCAGUGGCUUUACCACAAACCAAAGCAAAUACAUAUUGUCUCGAAGAAAAUUCAAUAGCUAUGUUUACACAAUAUUUUCACACCAAGUCCAAGCUAACGAAUUCAAGGUCACGAAAACGUACUGCCAUCGAAGGGAAUAGAUUAAUAGUCCGAAAUAUCACGCACUAGAACCGACUUGACCUUGUAGAUCAGGUGGUAGAGCAUUGGACUAGCAAACCAAAGGUUGUGGGCUCGAUUCCCACGAAUCCCACCGUGGUCAGGCAAACAUUUCGCUUGUUCAGCGUGGCCAUACUUAGAGAAACAUCGCAAUCAUAUAUCUUCACCUACACCAGAAACACGAAUUCAAUGUUAUAGAUGUUUUAAGGAACAGCUCAUCAAGUUUUUGUUCCAUAUUCUUGUCCAUGCUUUGCAACUUAUGCACGAAUUAUUGUCAUUGAUAACAAAUUAUCCAAUGGUAGCCCCUCGUUUAAAUGUUUAACCGUUACUUUUAAAAUAUUAAUAGUCAAAAAGAUUUAUGCAUAGUCAUCCCAGAGUCAUUCUCGUAAGCCCUCGACCCGAACACGUUUGAGCUGCGUCUUUUGUAAUUAAGACCUCAGCUGCAAGUAUACAUGACUAUCAUUCCCUAACUAAACACAUUCCUCUUACUCUGUCCCGCUCUGUUCCUCAAGAUUUUCAUUGGGAACACGGACCUGAAGGGAAUAGUUCGAAACUACAUUGAUCCCUACAUCAGAGCAAGACUUCUCCGUAUAACUGUAAAAGCAUGGCAUACUAGCAAAGAUCCUUGCAUGAGGGCUGAAUUUUAUGGCUUUCAAGGUAUGAUAUUUUUAUUGAUAUUGUCUGCAGUGACUGUAUUUUCGCAAAAUCUGACGGUUGAGCAAAGUUAGUUUAUAGUUUGGGUCCCUCGUGUAAUAGCACUGGACAAAUAAUGGAAUUUGCUUACUGGAUCUCUUGGAAGAACGGUUUAGAAUUUGAUAAAGCUAUUUAGUAUAAAGUUACUUUAGUCUAGGUUUCUCCCAGGCGUCUCUCUGGUGCGAGCAGUUCAGAACUGAUAGAGCGUCCAGUGUGCAGCUUUCUCAACGAGGUUGAAACUUUUUAUUGAUGAUGUGAAAGGGCCCAGCUCUGAUAAUCUCGCUUCAUUACUGGGGCAAGCAACGGGCCUUUACUCAAAAUAUUGGGUAAAUUUGCUCAUAAGUUUAAGAAAUUUUACUCCAAAUUUUGAGUGAUUGUGUGUGCAUUACUUAGUCACAUUUUUUAGUCAUAAUACUCAGAGGUUUUUGCAGCAAACUAAAGAUAGUUUAUAGUUUUGUUUAUAAUUUCACUUUAUUCACUUUAAACAGCUGAUCUUAUUGAUGGUGAUUAUGCUGAUGUAGAAAAUAGAAUUACAGCAUCCUCGUGGCUAGACCAGUGAGUGUUCGAAUUAAUUUUUCUUUUAACUUCUGCCUGUCUGUAUGGUGUUCAAAAUCCAGUAGCGGACCUUUCUCUACCAUGCUCGGAGGUGCAAAUGUAGGUCGCCAAACCAGGCUUUUUUCUUGGUGCAAGUUCCAGGUCUCAAAUUUUUUUUCUUUCUAAAAUGUUGUGCAAAUUUGCUAAAAGAAUUACCCACUUAAGCCAAUGAGUUGUUUCUGAAAGCUUUCAAAUAUCAGGGUUUUUUUCGCUUCCUAUACAGAACUUACAGACAUGAAUCUUCCCAACAAGAAGUAUUUGCAGCAGCCUUGUAUAGCAAGCUUGUUAACAAUUUGUGACAAUAAUAGUUUUGUUUUAUCGCCAUACGAACAUACAAAGAACUUAAGUUGUAACUAUGUUGUAAUUUUAUCAAGUUGCUGCAAGGUUGUCACAACUUUUGGUUUGAGAUACGAUUCCUAUCCUUUUCUGUUUAGUCGUCACCAACCAUUUGACGGCAUUAUAUCAGGAAACCCGGAGUCGACAUCCUGGACUCCAGCUGUGGAAAAGGCAGAGGAGUAUAUCCAGGUUGAGUAUUGAUUCAUGUUACCAUGGAAGACUACAACGUAAGCACGUUGUUACAAUGCAGUGGUGAAAAAUGUCUUUAUUAUCUUAAGGUGGAUCUGCUUCAACCGACGCCAUUGGCAGGUGUAGAAUUACGUGGAGCAGCAGACUUUCCUGAUGAUUCUUAUACAAAACUGAUGGUGCAUCAUGGUACGGUUGAGGGACAAUGGAAGCUGCUCAAAGAUAGAUAUGGAAAAACAAUGGUAAGCUUGAGUUUUAACAAAACUUGAAAAAUACAAGGAGAGACUCGACGUUUGGAACCUCGUCGGGAAAUUAGUUAGUUUGGCUUUACCAAGCAGCUCAGAGUUUCACUAAGUUGCCCUCUUAUAGAAAGAUGAGACCAUUGAGGUCUAACCUUUACAUCCGGGAACAACAGUUUGGCACUGAUAGAGCUAUCUAACAUAAAUAUGGAUAGUUUAGUUCAAGUUUCUUCUGUAAUAGUAUUACGCCAACACGGGAUGGCUCCUACUGGACCUUUAGGGAGAACAGUUCAGAACUGAUAGAGCUAUCCACUAUAAAUAAAGGUAGUUGAAAUAAUGAAAUUCGACCUUGUUUUAUGUUUUCAUAGAAACUGCUGACGUCAAAUUGCUACCAAGAGUUCGACUACUACGUCCUUGCUCGCUUUGUAAGAUUUACCAUUGCCAGUUGGGGAAGAAGGACCUCGUUCAGGUUUCAGUUGCAUGAGAUAAAAGGUUAGAUAUAAACUGAUACAUCACAUUGUCAAGAAUAGUGAAGAACUGAUAGAGCUAUCCAGUACAAAGUAAGGUUUUUUCUUGUAUAAUGAGUCACUGGACUAAUAAGAGAUGCCAUGACUGUAUGAACCUCUAGGGAGGACAGUUUAGAGACUUUAGAGUUUAGAACUGAUAGAGCUAUACAGUAUAAAUAAAGCUAGUUUAGUUCAGAUUUCCCCCUGUAGACUAGUAACACUGGACAAAUAAGGGAUGUCAUGACUGGACCUCUCAGGGAGGACAGUUUAGACCUGAUACAAUUAUCCAGUAUAAAUAAAGUUAGUUUAGUUUAGGUUUCCUCCUGUAGUAACACUGGAUCAAUAAGAGACAAUCCUUAUUAGACCUCUAGGAAGAACAGUUUAAAACUGAUAGAGCUAUCUAGUAUAAAUAAAGUUAGUUUAGUUUAGGUUUCCUUCCGUAGUAACACUGGAUCAAUAAGAGAUGAUCCUUACUGGACCUCUAGGAAGAACAGUUUAAAACUGAUAGAGCUAUCUAGUAUAAAUAAAGUUAGUUUAGUUUAGGUUUCCUUCCGUAGUAACACUGGUCAAUCAGGGAAGGCCUUCACUGAACGAGAAAAGAGAAUAAUUUUGAACUGAUAGAGCUAUCCAGUUUCACAUUUUUGAAUGAACGUAUAUAUUGUUCUUUACAGUUUAUGAAAGGACAAGUGCUGGUGUGGAAGAGGGGAUAAUAAUAGAUGAUCAGUUGAAAUCCUCUAAUCACCCUGACGAUCCACAUCCUGCCCAUGAAGGGAGGCUAAAUUUCCCUGGAGCUUGGUGUGGAAACACAAUGCGGGAACAAUUAUUCCUACAAGUUGACUUCCUGCUAAAUUUUCAAGGUAGGAUUUAAUUAAGUCUUUCUCACACCGCCAUUUUUGGGGUACUUUUUGCCAAUCCUGCAAGCGUAACACUACGUAACGGCGACAUUUUAUAAUUUACGGUUGUGUGAUGAUAAAUUUUACUCUGUAAAUAGUUAGUUUGUUCUGAAAUAUCGCUUUUCACAUUGUUAUAAUCAUUUACGAAAACUGAAUUACAGUACUCCAAAAAUGGUGACGUGAGAAAGGCUAAUUGGUGGAAGUUAUUAGUCACUAAGAGCGACUAAAGGCUACACAAGCGUUCUGUCGUUAUCGGAAAAUGUAUGGCUUAUAAGUUGUCAUCACUCAUUAGUGAAUGCGCGUAUACAUGAAACUGUUUUUUACAGUUUCAAUAUUUGUUUGUAAAUCUCUGAAUGGUAAAACUUGCCAAUACUCCAAUAAUACGUUUCAAAAAAAGACAAAAAAGCUUUAGUUUUGCAGAGUUAAAUUCUCAAACGUGUAAGGCAAUAAUAAGAUGAAAGUAUCACAAAAUUAUUUGAAUAAACCACAUCGCAUAUAUGGGGGGCGAAUGUCCUAAAGAGGGGCGAUAUUCCUAGGGUAUUCGCCCCACCCCCCUGGGAGGCGAUAUUCCUAGGAUAUUCGCCCCGGGGGCGAUAUUCCUAGGAAUAUCGCCACGUUUUGAGGGGGGGAAUUUCCUGGGGGGGCGACCUUUUUAAAAAUUCUAUCUUGCCCCCCCAAAAUUUGAGUUUGCCCCUCAAAUGCCCCCCCAAAUUUGGAAGCCUGGCGCCGCCACUGCCUUUGUUACAGUGAAAUACACAAAUUCUUCAAGUUAACUUCUACAUAUACAUCCAAAAUCAUCUCUGCACAUGUGUUCAAUAUUUUCUGAUUUAAAAAAAUUCAAACUGCCACGCAAAACGUCAAAUUCACUUUUGAAAACCCACCCACCCACUCAAAACGUCAAAAUGACGUUUUGCGUGGCAAUUUGAGUAUGGAUGUCGCCCCUUACUGCAUAGAGAAAGUGGUUAUUACCCAUUUUUUGCACGGUGUACGCGACUAAAUUACUUAUAUUCUUUUAUACAAACAGCCCUUUUAGCCUGUUUUCCGCUUCAGCUGUAUCGUAACCUACCGUAGCAUUUUUUUGUGUCGAAGUCAUUAGUUCCACACCAUCGCUCAGGAAACAAAGAAAUACGCUACGUUUCGGUACGAUACGCGUUUGCAACGUUUUAACGUAGUUUAAGUUAUGAACCAUGAAAAUGAUGAAAUAACGUAACGGUUUGAAUAACUAUGGCAUACUAGAAUGCCCAAGGGAGUACAAUUUAUAGUCCUUUUGCUUUAGUGUAAAAAUUCUUUUGUUGAUGAACAUGUCUUCAUUGACGUUGCAAUUGUAAAUUUCCAUGAGAAGACGUUUCUUUAUAAACUUUUUCUCAAAAAAUGCACGUUUUUUCAUUUCAGUUCAUGCACUUACUACACAAGGCAAGUUUAUCGAUGUUAUGGAGUACAUCACAGAGUACAAAUUAUCAAGUACAUUGGAUGAAAUCCACUGGAAUUUCUACGAGGAAGAUGCUGUAGUUAAGGUACGAUGUGGCUCUGUAUUUUUUAUAACAGUUUAGGGGCUUCGGUGCCAGAAAUUCGUGGGUUUCACUCUCGCUGUGGACUCGUGAUAUACUUAAGCAUGUCAGAAGUUAAGACUCUCCGACCGAAAGUCGUGCUCCGGUUUCUUUCCACAGAAAAUGUUGACGGGGUGGGCUGGGGUUAGUCCCUAACUGAUCUUUCCACCGUAUCCGUGAUCAGACACGAGUCGUGUGGCUCAACCCAGAGGCACCUUUAGAAAGCCAAGCAGUUUCAAUUAGCCUUUCUCACGCCGCCAUUUUUGGGUGGCAUUUCAGCCGAAGUCUGCGAGAUAAGUCCACAUAACAGCGACCUUUUAUAAUUUUUUGGACGAAUGAUGGUAAAUUUGCUUUGUAAAUGGUUAGUUUAUUUUGAAAAAUUGCUUUUCACAUUGUUUUAAUUGCCUGCAUUGGAUAAUGAAAAUUUGAUGCCACCCAAAAAUGACGGAUAUUCGUCAUCGUGAGAAAGGCUGCUACGUAAUUCAGUUUAGCUGCAAGUAGUUAGCACACUCCCACGUACUUUUAUGAACAGAAUCUUCGUUUUGCCCACCAGUUUUUUGAAUACUGGGUGGUCACACCCGAACUCCUCUUCUUGGUGCGAUCCAGUCUUACCUAUUUAACUAUCCUAAUCAACAUUUAAUUUCCACUUUUUUACGAUUUUAGCUUUUUCCUGCAAACACGAACUGUCGCUGUUCUCAUAAGAACUUCGUGAAAUCAUUCUUGGCCCGAUCUCUUAGAGUCCUACCUACGAACUGGGUGGGCAGACCAUGCCUGAGAAUUGAAGUGUUUGGAGUUUAUAAAGGUAUUCUAAUAGCAAUGUAAUCAUUACUGUGACAUAAGAUGUGAUUGAUUGUGAAGAUAUGUUUUGAUUUCAGGUAUUCUUAGCGUACAUGCUCGUUCCGGUACUGUGUUCAACAAAGAAGGAACUGUUGUGACCCGUCAAAGUUCUAUUAAGGUUUGUUGUGUAUCAGUUUUAAAGUGUUCUUCCUAGAGGUCUGGUAAAGUGCAUCUGUUUAAUAUUGAUCCAGUGUUACUACAGGAGGAAACCUAAACUAAACUAACUUUAUUUAUACUGGAUAAUUCUAUCAGUCUUAAACUGUUUUCCCUAGAGGUCUGGUAAAGGGCACCUGUUACUGAUCCAGUGUUACUACAGGAGAAAGCCGUAUUGUUCGGGGAAAACUGCGAGGUUUAGUUGAGUAAAAGUGAAAGUACUUUUCUUACCUGCGACUGAGAUUAUAAUCAAACGGUCCAUGCACAUCAAUAUUGAACUUAACAUAAAAGUUACUGCUGUGUGUAUAAAUUUGCUAUUCUUUAUUUAUAGUUGAACGGAAAAGAGGUCAUCGAUACACAGACUGGUUAUAAUAUUGUCGUAGCGAGUUCCAUCACUGGCGACGUAAAAACGUCAAUUACAUUAAACCCAUCAACAGAUCUUGCGCAGCUCAACAAUUUUCUAAGAAAUAUUACAGAUCAUUCAGUAGUUGUUGUUGCCACACAAAACGUCAAAGAAUU